CUUCUUUCUUUCCUUCCCUCCCUCUCUGCUUGUUUGCCUUCUUUCUGACUUUUAUGCUACCAUGUCUGAAAUCUCUUGGCAAUGUACUAUUUAGUCCCUUCCUGUUUUCACAACCGCCCCGGGGGAAGGUAGAUCUUCCUACCUGUUGUAACCCAGCUCAGCCUAAUUUCUCCCUCCCCAUAGAUUGAAGACCGGAAGGACAGCGAUGACGAAAAAUCAGACCGAAACAAACCCUGGUGGAGGAAGCGUUUCGUUUCAGCCAUGCCCAAAGCUCAAAUUCCGUUUAGAAAAAAAGAAAAACAAGACAAGGAGAAGGAUGACUUCGUGCCUGACCGAUUUCCCUCUCUCCAAGACGACUCCGGCCCUCGGCUGAGCACUCAAGCCCAGGCGGCUGAAGACAUUCUGGACAAGUACAGGAACGCCAUCAAGCGCGCCAGCCCUUGCGAGGGGGCCGCCGUGAAUUAUGACAGCACCGAAGCCAUUGGGGACAACGAGAGCCUCCACGACGCCUUGCAGAACAUCUCGGCCGAUGACAUGCCGGAUUCGGCCAGCCAGGCAGCUCAACCGCAGGACUCCACUUUCUCCUACAGGUGCCUCCGGGGGGCUCAAGUACCAGAUUGCAUGGAGGGGGUUGGGGGAGAAGAUGCCCUCAGCUUUCUUUUUAGUGGAUAG